CUGGAAAUAUUUCUUCAUUAAAUUCAUUUAACCCUUCAUUUCUUCAUCAUUUUAUUUCAAUAUUUUCUCCGUUUAUUAUGGCAGCACUUUUACUUUUAAAAAUAUUUAUUCCUUUUUUAUUAGUUUCUCUAUAUUUUGUUUCUUCUUCUUUUAAAUUUAAUCAAAAUAAUAAUGAAAUAAUUAAAAGAUUAUCUACAAUUGUUGCUUUAAUUACAAAUACUAUGGCUAUGGUAUUCUUUUAUUGUCUCAAAACAGACGGUUCUUGGCUUCAAAUAGGCAUUUCAAUAAGUAAUUAUGUUAUUUGCCUAGUUUGUUCAGCAGCAACUUAUUUGUUGUUACAUUUGGCUAAUUGGCUGUUAUUUUGAAGAGAAACGGAUUAAUUUAAAUUUUUGUAUUUAUUUGUUAAAUUUUCUGUGCAGUCGGACUUCAUUUUUACAUAAACCCUUUGAGGAUA